GCUACAGCCGGUGGAACAGAGAUUUGUACCAGUUACAGUUUUUUUUGUUUUUUUCGAACCAUUUCUUGGAACAGCCUUGGGAAUUUGUGCCCUGGACGUAAACAUCCUUCAAACGUUUUGUUUUUUUAAAUCAUCGGGGCUCCGAUGGGUCAGGGGUUCGAUUCUGGCCGAGUGCGAUAAGCAGAGAUUUUUGUUGCUUCAUUAUGAGGCGCCGCAGAGGACGAGUUUACUUUUGUAUUCGAUAGAGAAAAGCAGAAAGGAAGAAAGGAAUUUGUUUGGUUACAGUCUCAUUUAUUUCCCCGUUGUUUUCUGUAAAGCCUCUUAAAUUUAAUUUAUUAUAUAUCACAGGUCGGGUUCGAUUUGCAGAAAGGAUGGAGAGAGAGAGAGGAAGAGUCAAGAUAAUCGGCGUUAGGUAAUGAGUUCGAACCCUGCUAACGUGGAAAAGACCGAGUGAAAAUUAUUGUAGGAAUUGGAGUGGAUUUGAGGCUGUUCUAGGUUGUCUGCUGGAACCCUAGGAGGUUUGGUGCAUUUAGGGGCUUAAGGGGUGGGAAGGAUCGGGAAUUUAGUGGGUUGGUUUGGAGAGAAAUCUGAAUAGGGUUUAUACGCAAUCGCAGGCGCAGGGCGCGGAUUUGAGGUUGUGUUAGUGGAGUUGUUUGAGGAGGGUUUUAUGGGGUCUCGUACUAUGCUGUCGUCCAACGGCGGGCGGAGCUCGCAGUUCCAGCAAUUGGCUCGGCAGAACUCGCUUUAUAAUUUGACUCUGGAGGAGGUGCAAAAUCAACUCCAGGACGUGGGGAAGCCGCUCAGCAGUAUGAAUAUGGAUGAACUUUUACGCAACAUUUGGACGGCGGAGGACAGCCAGGCCUUCUCCGCCGCGAUUGACAAUAAUAAUAAUAAUAAUGGCAAUGUUGUCCUUAAUGAGAACAGCGAUAGAAAUGCUGCAAACUCUGGGAGUAACGGUUUGCAGCGCCAGGGGAGCCUUACGCUGCCAAGAACGCUAAGCCGUAAGACUGUGGAUGAAGUGUGGAGAGAUAUUCAGCAGGGGCAGCAGAUGAAGGGAGGCGAGAAAAAGAAGCAGCAGCAUAGACAGCCUACGCUUGGGGAGAUGACUCUUGAGGAUUUCCUUGUGAAGGCUGGGGUAGUCAGGGAGGAUAAUAACUGUAAUGCUAAUAAUAACACCAACAAUAACAAUAACAAUGGCAAUAGCAACAGCAAUAGCACUAUGAGCAACAGCACUCUUGUCAUGUCCCCAAACAUGGCAGAGAGCUCGCAGGGAGCAAUGCCUGUCUGCGCAAUGCCUCCCACGAUGGAUGUGGCCAUGGCACAGAACUUCCAGCCCGCGGAAUGGAUGCAGUACCAAUUCAACCCAGCAGUGGCAGCCCAGCAGCAGCAGCAGCAGCAACAGAGUAUGAUGGCGGCUUACAAUUCCAAGCGGGGGAUGCGGCAGAAUUUGCCAUUGACGAUACCCGGCAAUUCCCUCAUGGAGGGUGGGUAUGGUGACAAUCAGCUUGCGCUUUCAUCGCCAAUGAUGGGUGGCACAUCUUCUGAUUCACAGACUCCUGGAAGGAAGAGGGGGACACCUGAGAGUAUCAUGGAAAGGACUGUGGAGCGUAGACAGAAGAGAAUGAUCAAGAACCGUGAGUCUGCUGCAAGAUCCAGGGCAAGGAAACAGGCAUAUCAACAAGAACUGGAGAACGAAGUGCAACAGCUCAAAGAGGAGAAUGCGAGGCUCAAAAUGCAGGAGAAGUUCAUGGCAGAAAUGCCGCCACCUCUAUCACUACUAGAUCCAACGGAUCCUCUUAGAAGGCUCAAGGAUCCCCUUAAAAGGCUCCACUCUGCUCCUUUUUGAAGUGGAUUUGUAGAAAAGCAUACAUACUUCUAUAAUUUUUCUGUCCUUCAUGACUCAGUUCCAUUAGUGCACCUGUAAUAUUUUUGUAUCUCAAUUCAAACUGAUAAGUUGUGUAGCCUUGAGUAACUGAUGAUGAGAUCGGUACCUGAGGAGGGGCCUAGCAUUUUCUAUAUUGAAGAUUCUUGUGGAGCAUUAUACUUGUAUACUGAACAGGGCAAAGCUACAAGUUGUGAGGUUUCAGCAUGGGAAGGGAGCCUCCGAUUUCAUUGCUAAGCAAGAGAAAGCUUGCAAGGAUUUGCACACCACCCUGUAAAUUUAUCUUCAUGCCUAUUGUGGUCCAGGAUGACCUACAUGUGGAAAAUUAGUGUGUUGCUUCUGGAAAUUUUGUGGCCACAAAUCGAUCACAGUUACAUUUCUGUUUGUUAAAAACAAAAUAUUGUUUGUUUGCACCUACCUAUCAGGAUUGCAUACUUUGUAGGCAGGUCGUCGAAUGAUUUACCUUAUCUUUUGCUAUGAAAGCUGGGUUUUCUGGUUGAAAAAUUGGAAGUUGGUUGUAAAGUGAUCACAGAUGGAAGUAUCUUGUCUAUCUGGUUUUUGGAAGUGCUUAAAAUGUUUGGGCAUUUUCAUAAUCACAUCUUGUUAACUUGUUAUGUAAUCUGAAUUCCAAAUUUUCUUCUUGCUCAAUCGGAGUACACUCGGUUGUAAUAAUUAUCCUGUAUAUAACUAGUAUAGUUGGAAGAACUGAGACAUUAUUUUGAGGAAAGAACAAAGGUUUGUUCAAUGUGCCAAAUUCACAAAUCAAGAACACCAGGAUAUUUCUCAAAUUGAUUGAGCGUUUGUUAA